AUAAUCCGAAUCAUAGAGACUGAAUAAUUACAUUCCGGGGAAAAACGAAAGACGGAAAAAUAUUGUUUGGAAACCGGAUGUAGCGCCCGCGUGUGCGUUGCUAGGCAACUGUGGUAAACGGUCACACCUGGCGCUGGAGGCUGAGAUAAGAAUAGGAGGGCGGAAUGAGGUCUGGCGGAUGGACGGAAGAGAAGGGGGGCUUUUUGGAGCAGCCUGGCGAGAUAAGUUGCUUUAGCAACCGAGCCGCCAUUUACAUCCUUAAGGUUCUGUGCGGAAGGCUGGGGCCCCUUACUGCUCAUUGUACGGAACUGAACGGUCAAGUCCCUGCGGCUUUGCUAUAAAUGCCGAAUGGCUCAAUUGCAGCUUUCUGUGUGUUCUCAUGCGGAUCCAAUGGCAUCCAGCCCCAGUCUUCCUGCAAUAAGUCUGAAGAAAUGUCAUUCAGAGGCUCUUAGAGAGCAGCCAAGGUUCGAACACCUGCAGACUAAUAUCCAGCAACAAUUCCUGUCCAACAAAGAUAAGAAGCUGAAAGAUGUUUGCAUCCAAAAAGGCCGGAGUGCUUCCUGUUCUGACCCUGCAGAAAGUAGCCAGCCAAUUUCAGAGAAUGUGGGCUUCCAGUCUGCUGGCCCUCAUGACUGGUACCUCAAGAACCAAGCUAGCAUUCUUCCCUCCCACUGGAGAGCCAAGCGGAGAGAAGGUGUAGACAGGGCAUACCCACUAAGACCAGUCUUCCAUCAAAAAGCUGGUAAUGGGGCCAUAACUAGUUCUUUGCAAGAUGCAAGCCCGCCAGCUACACAGACUGCUUCCCCUAACAUUAGUUCAGAGAAAAAAGGAAGAUCACAUGCAGUCAAAGCCCAGCAUGUUGGAGUGCCUUGUUCUUUUUCAGUAGAGCAGUCAUGGAGAGCAGCUGCUUAUCCAAGAAGGGCUGAGUCCAGCUACAUUCAAAAACUGGAGGCUGCUGGUAGGAAUUUGGGGGAGGAGAUCCAGAGAAAGGAGGCCCUCCUCAGGGAGAAGCUGAUGAGAACAGAAGAGGAGCUCCGGAGGAUCCAGUGGGAGAGGCGACAGGCAGAGGCAAAAGCAAGGAAGGAACAUGGACUAUGGAUGCCUGAAAGGAAAGCAGCAGACAUUUCUUGGGUUCAACUUUCCAGAUCUACAGCCCAGCCAAGUGAUGAUCAGUGGAAGAAUGUUCCAAAUAGCCCUGUAGCUUCUAAAGAGACAACCCCAGUUCCCUCAGAACUCCACAUGGAAAGGCUUAAAAAACAACGGUUGGUGGCUAGCAACAGUAAAAUUCAAGGAAAAGUUUCCCAGGAAAAUGCAACAGCUCCUUGUCCCGAGCUGGCUUCCAGGCAUGACCAGCCUCCAACAACAGUCCCUUUAGGACAGACUGACAGCAUGGUUGCAGCAGCACCACUACCACCAGCAUACGUGGAUGCAGUAAGCAGUGUAGAAGACUGGGGUGAAUGUAGUUUUUGUGGACGGAAGCUUUACAGCGCCAGGUUGGAGAAGCAUAUAAGUAUCUGCAGCAAGAAUCACAGCUCCAAGAGAAAAGUAUUCGAUUCAAGUAAAGCCAGAGCAAAGGGCACUGAAUUAGAGACGUUUAAUCUCUUGAUGGGCUCAGAUGCCUCUCAGAAAAGAACUUCAACCAAAAGUAUUGAUGCUUCCAAGCAAAGCAGUAUGCAAUCUAAGCAAAGCGGCUGGAGACAGAAGCAUGAGUCUUUUAUCAAGACACUGCGUAGGGCUCGUGAGGUGCAGCGAGUAAUUUCUAAAGGGGGAAAGGCCUCAGAUCUUCCCCCAAUACCUGCCAUGGAAAACCCAGACUACAAAUUGUGCCCGUACUGCACACGUCAGUUUGCUCCUAAGGUGGCCGAGAGACACAUUCCCAAGUGCAAAAACAUUAAGAAUAGACCACCACCGCCACCACAGCAAAAGAAAUAACAGGCCCAGAUGAAUACUUCAACUGAAAUAGUUACAUUGAAACCACCUGCCAUUUCCUUCAGUUUGACUGGACAAGUAGCAGAGAGCAUGCUAGUGGAUGUGGCUUUAUUUUUUUAAAACAACAACGCAGGUGAAGUUUGUAAACCUACAAGCUGUGAGUAGAUUAUUAAAUCUCUCAUGUUGUAUAUUAGGGUCAGUACUUCUUAAGAGUUUAACUAGACCUAAGGCUGUAUUUUCCAUUUCCCUAAUAUCACUGACUGAUCCCA